CGUUUAUGGCAAUCGGGGCGCUUCUGGGCGAGCAGCAUUCCUUCAUGCACGAUCCCGGGUCAUUCUUCUGGGUCCUGUUCUGGAUCUGCAUUCACUACAAUGGGCCAGAUCAGGGGAGAGUUGUUCCACGGGUUGAGAACUGGAACUACGUGGAUAUGGAGGAACUAGCGAAGUUAAUACUUAGUAGGGUGUACUACUAGCCUUUGCAACCCAUCUGGAUCCCUCUCUCUCGCCUUGAUAGCUUUCCUUGAAAAGCUUGUCUCGCACCCAUAAAAGCCAUGUCCCGUCAAGCUGACAAGCCAGGCCAGCUUCCUUCCACAACGCCAAAACACCAUCUU